AUGACGUCCAUUUUCACUAACAACCUGUAUACUCUCCACGAGGCUGGUUCUUUGUGCAAGUUUUCUUCUCGCCCUAGAUACCUUGCCGAAGUUCUUACCAAUGUACCCUGCUGGGGUAGCCAGGCUUUCGGGAUCAAACUCGCGCCGUAUCCUGCAGUCGUUCAGAUCGCCAAGUCGGCAGGCUUCGACGCUCUCUUCAUCGACCUGGAACACUCGACCCUCUCGAUCAGUGAUGCGAGCCAACUGUGCACGACUGGCUUGCUGGCUGGUGUCACCCCGUUCGUCAGGGUGCCGUAUCAAUGCGGCAAUGGGUUCGUGCAAAGGGUCCUGGAUGGAGGGGCAAUGGGCGUCGUCUUCCCACAUGUUAGCACAAGAGAGGAAGCCACCUCCGCUGUCUCGAUCUGCAAAUAUCCACCAGCAGGCACGCGCUCCAUGACAGGCCAGCUACCCCAGUUCUCAUACGUCGCCAGACCCCACGAGACCGUCAUCGCGGAAUCCAACAGGCGAGGGUCCACAGUCUUCGUCAUGAUAGAAACAGCCCAAGCAAUUAGGGACCUCGACGCAAUCGCCUCUGUCGAGGGAGUGGAUGUCCUGCUCGUGGGUUCGAACGAUCUUUCCAUCGAAUUAGGUGUGCCCGCGCAGUUCGAGAGCCCCGUGUUCAAGGAUGCUCUAGAGAAGGUGAGUAGGGCGUGUAAGGAGAAUAGGAAAAUCAUGGCUCUGGCGGGCAUCUAUGAUAAGCCGGUCAUCCAGCGCUGGGCGGUGCAAGAGCUGGGCGUGGGCUGGAUCCUGGGCGGGCAGGAUGCAAGUUUCAUUGCGAAGGGUGCGGCAGGAUGUAUGGAGGCGCUGAGAGGGUUGGAGAGGGAAUAA